AUGAACAAAGACAUUAGUUUGGUCCUCAAGGACCUCUUACAGGCCAUUGAGAACACUCAGGCCCCACAAGUGGCCUCGGCUCCCACCAAUGCCACCACCUCCUCCGCAAACGCCGUCUCCACCUCCAAGCCCAUCCUGGCCUACUCCCAGGAGUACAUUGACUUCACCUACACCAGCCCCACCAUCUACCACGUCGUGGCCCACUUCAAGAAGCAGCUUGGUGAUGCUGGUUUCUCGUACGUGUCGGAACAGGAAGACUGGUCCAAGUUGAGUGCUGGCAAGUAUUUCACCAUCAGAAACGGGUCUGCGCUUGCCGCCUUCGUGGUGGGCAAGAACUGGAAGCCUGCGAAUGGUAUUGGUGCAAUUGUGUCACACAUCGACUCAUUGACCGCCAAAUUGAAGCCUGCCUCCGUCAAGCAGUCGGUGGAGGGCUACGAAUUGUUGGGAGUCGCCCCUUAUGCAGGCACUUUGGGAUGGCUCUGGUACGACAGAGACUUGGGACUUGGUGGUAAGGUGUUGGUCAAGCAGGACGGAAAGGUCACUGCCAAGUUGGUGGACUCUACCCCCCACCCAAUUGCCCACAUUCCCACCUUGGCUCCUCACUUUGGCGAACCUUCCCAGAGCUCCAACCGCGAAACCAACUCGGUUCCAGUGGUGGGAUACUCUGCUGGCAAGCAAGAAGAGGCCACUGACGAAGAGAAGAGCGCUCCCUUGUACGGCAAGCACUCGUUGACUUUGUUGAGAUAUGUGGCCAACAAGCUUGGCGUCAAGGUUUCGGAAAUCCUCCAAUGGGACUUGGAAAUUUACGACAUUCAGAAGGGAACUAUUGGUGGGUUGAACGACGAAUUCUUGUACGCUCCCAGAAUUGACGAUAGAAUCUGUUCUUGGGCUGGUAUCCAAGCGUUGAUCGAAGCCGAGCAUGACGACUUACUUGCAUCGGACUCUUUCUCGGUUGUCGGGUUGUUUGACCACGAGGAAAUCUCCUCGCUUACCAGAACAGGUAUCAAGGGUGGCCUUGUAGAGCUGGUGGUGUCCAGAGUCGUCCAGGCUGUGCACCCAGACAAGGCCAACAUCGAAGAGGAAUUGAGAUUGACCUACGCUAAUUCGUUCAUCGUGUCUGCCGAUGUGAUCCACGCGUUCCAUCCAAACUACGCCAGCGUCUACUUGGAGGGCCACAAGCCUCUUCCAAACACUGGUAUCUCCAUUACCUUGGACGCCAAUGGCCAUAUGGCUACCGACGCGGUGGGUGUGGCAUUGGUGGAGGAAAUCGCCAGAAAGAACGGUGAUGCCGUGCAAUACUUCCAGAUCAGAAAUGACUCGCGUUCUGGAGGAACCAUUGGUCCUUCCAUCUCGUCGCAAACCGGGGCUAGAACCAUCGACUUGGGUAUUCCUCAGCUCUCCAUGCACUCCAUCAGGGCCACCACCGGUAGCAAGGAUGUAGGUUUGGGACUCAAGUUCUUCAAGGGGUUCUUUGCUGACUGGCAGAGUACCUACAAAAACUUCAACGAUCUCUAA